AUGUCUACAGCCAACACGGCCAGUCUCGUCAAAGAUUGGACAGUCACAGAUUUGACUGACAGUGACCACCGUGUCAUUAGUUUCAGACUGGCAGUGAAAAAGCCGGUAGAGCGAGUCCCAGCUGAGAUUAGGUAUGAUGUUAGAUCUGCCGACUGGGAUCUCUUCAAGACCACUCUACUCGGUGAAAUCGGUCGCAUACCCGACAGCAGCACCAGUAUAAACACAACAGCUGAUGGCAUCAUCCGUGCUAUAACCACGGCGGCUGAUAGGUCAAUCCCUAAAAAGAGACCAACCGCUAUAACGGGCAGAAGUCCAUGGUGGUCUCCAGUCCUGUCCACUCUUAGACAGAACCUUGUCCAACAGUAG